UUUUACAUAUGCAAUAAUAUUACUUUAAGACGUGGCAGUAGGCUCUCAAGUAAAGUUACUUGUAAACAUUGAUACAUUUACUAUAGACAUGAUUAAAGGAUUACAGGGAUUUGUAAAGUGAAUGUGACGUGGGUAGCGUUUCAAGAGUGAGUGAAGUCAUAAAUGUGUUGGCACUUAGCCAGAUGUACUACGGGAUUUAUGUUUUGAAUUUGAAAUUAAUAUCAAUAUAAGUGAUUUCGUGUGGCUACGACGUCGUUGGUGCAGUGAAGUGAACAGAUGUUGUGCAUUCGUUUUCUGGAUUAAAACCUAUGCGGUUUAUUUAGUACAUUGCCGAAACAAUAUUGAAACUUAUCUAAAGAAUCACAGAAACUGUAAAACACGCAUGACGAAACAUGGACAACGCCGGCAACAAUACCACAUUAUAUGACGAUGGAGCGUUAUAUCCAAGCGAGCAGGCUCUUCACAGGGAAUUCAAUCCAGUUGACAGCACCCCUAGCAGCUGCGUCAUCUGGCCCAUAGAAAAAUGUUUCGACACGUUCCUCUACAACGCAACUCAAAUAGAAAACAUCACGAACAACAUUUUCCAGUACAACGGCACCCAAGUCAUGUGUCUCGACCAUGCCCCAGUCUUAACUAAAAGCACUUUAAUACGAGCCAGCGUACUCUCAGCUAUGGCCAUUUUAUCAUUCUUCGGAAAUUUGGCAACGAUUAUAAGUAUCCAGAGAGGCAAAAGAGGUCGUGGGAGAGCGCGACCUUCGUGGACGGCAAUCUAUAGUUUGAUAUUCCAAUUGAGUAUUGCUGAUUUAUUGGUAACCGUGUUUUGCAUAGCCGGCGAAGCGGCGUGGUCCUUCACAGUGCAGUGGUACGCCGGGAAUAUAGCUUGCAAAUUAUUCAAGUUCCUACAGAUGUUUGCUUUGUAUCUCAGCACUUUUGUUCUCGUGCUUAUUGGAGUGGAUAGAUGGCUGGCAGUAAAGUAUCCGAUGCGAAGUAUGGCGACGGCGACCCGGAGUGGAAGGCUCGUAAUUAUCGCGUGGGUGUUGAGCGGAGUACUGAGUUUACCACAGGCUGUGGUGUUCAGAGUGGCUAAAGGACCAUUUGUUGAGGAGUUCCAUCAGUGCGUAACUCACGGAUUUUAUACUGAGCGAUGGCAAGAACAAGCAUAUACUACGCUUUCUUUAAUCUUCAUGUUUAUAUUACCUCUAGUUAUAUUGGUUUCUACGUAUGUAUCGACUGUUAGGACUAUUGCGAAGAGCGAAAAAGUAUUCAAACCAGAAGUGAGGAAGCAAGAGAAAUACUUUACUCCUGACAUGAAUCGAAGAAGGUUGAUUGACAGAGCGAAGAUGAAAUCUUUGAGGAUGUCGGUCGUCAUAGUAGCUGCUUUCCUCAUCUGGUGGACACCUUACUACGUGAUGAUGGUGAUAUUCACAUUCCUAAACCCAAAUAAAGACCAAAGUGAUGAGCUGCUGAACGGGAUAUUCUUUUUUGGAAUGUCAAACAGUCUAGUCAAUCCUGUUAUUUACGGAGCGUUUCACUUGUGGCCGAAGAAGAAUCGAUCUCAUAGACAUAGUGACAGGGAAUCCGGUGGGCACCACGCAUCGCUCCUCCGGCGCGGUGACAACAACACAUCAUCGAUCCGAUUGACCAUGAACAACCGGUCCAUCAGAUCCUCCACCAAAUACUCCAACGGACACAACGUCAGUUUAUUAUAACCAUUGCGUAAAACUAUUAACAAUCGGGCUUUAACAAUACCCGAAGAGACAGUGCAUAUAGACUCCAGUAGACAAAUCACUUGUGUAGUGUGCAUUGAAAGACAAAGAAUGAGAAAUCGUUUCAACUAUACCGACUUUUAAAUGACGUGUAAAUAUAAGCGAAGUGUAAAUAAGUGGAUUGUAAAUAAGUGUAAAUUUAAGUUAAGUGUAAAUUUUGUAAAUAUAGAUACUUUUUGUACUAAUUUAAGGUAGUAUUUAAUACGUAAUGUCGUUUGAUGUUGUGAUCUGAGAUUAGUAGAAUUAUUAAAGUUUAUUAUGAAGCUUU